UGACUUGAAUGUUGAGUUACGUUACAUGUGAAGCAGUAUUAGUUCAUUCAUUGAAUUAAAUUGAAUCUGUAAAUGAAAAGUUGUUUUUUACUUUGAAGCAAAGUGCGUAAGAAAUGCGUAAAGAAAGUGCGUAAAUAAGGAGUGCGUGCGUUGACGUGAGGUCAAAAAUACUUGAGGAUGAAUGCGUGGUACGAGACAGGAGAUGUAUAGAUAUACGCAUAGAGAGUGUGAGAAAGAGAGUAGAUACAGGACAAACAGUACAGAGUCGGUGGUUUCGAAUCAAUACCGACGCCUGCGUCGAGCAGCGCUCAAACCCCACCUCGACUUCGAUGUCUGUACAUUCCGCAUCAGAAGCCGCAACGUCGGGACGAGGCGUCGAGACGCCGUGUGGAAAUUCGCCGCCGAUUGUACACCCCUAGCGGCGCUUUUCCGCAUUAACCCCACAUACAUGUUACCGAGCAAAACAUACACACACACAUUUUCCCCCAUUCAUCGAACGUCCCCACAUUUUAAACCCAGUAUUUUAAGUGUUCUGUGCUUCAUUCGGACCAAAAAAAAAAACUCGCCCCGAUGUGCCUACGACCAAGCCGACAGCGCCUUUAAUUUAUGAUACUUAGAGUAGAAGAAGACAACUGCACUGCCAAAUAAAAGUCCGGUGGACCGAACUAGCUGGAAACCGGGCAAUCCCUAAAAUUCCAGUAGGCUAUGUCGCAAUAUGAUAUCCUACAACAGUUAUAACAAUCAGGGAUACAAUAAGCUUUUCACCCAGGGCUCAGCUGACUCUAACUACUCACAGCCAUCCUCGGAUCUAUCGCUGGACGAGGAGAAGGAGACCAUCCGCAGGGAGAAGGAGCGUCAGGCCCUUAGCCAGCUCGAAAAAGCGAGGACGAAGCCGGUAGCAUUCGCUGUAAGAACGAACGUCGCCUACGAUGGUUCCGUUGACGAUGAUUCCCCGGUCCAUGGAUACGCUAUUUCCUUUGAUAUAAGAGAUUUUCUUCAUAUAAAAGAGAAGUACGAUAACAAUUGGUGGAUCGGAAGAUUGGUGAAGGAAGGCUGUGACGUUGGUUUCAUACCAUCUCCUGUGAAGCUCGAGCAUCUUCGUCAACAGCAGACCACUCAGACGAGGACGACUAAGUUGUAUUCGAACAAACCGACGAGCUCGAGCUCAAAUAUCGGGGCUACUGGUAACAAUGUUUCCAGAGGUAGCACCCCUCCUACGCCCGGUGACGAGACGGAUUCCGUGGGUAAUCCACGAUCUGCAAAAUCCCUCACGACGCCACCGGCAAAGGAAAAGAAGAAACCCUUUUUCAAGAAACAAGAAGCCAUGGCUCCAUACGAUGUAGUGCCUUCGAUGAGGCCUGUCGUCCUCGUCGGUCCUUCGUUGAAGGGCUACGAGGUCACGGAUAUGAUGCAGAAAGCUCUCUUCGAUUUUCUCAAACAUAGGUUUGAGGGAAAGAUAAUAAUUACGAGAGUGAUGGCUGAUAUAUCCUUGGCAAAGCGUUCGCUUUUGAAUAACCCUUCGAAGCGGGCGAUUAUAGAACGCACGAACACACGGACGAGUUGCUUGGCCGAGGUCCAAAAUGAAAUCGAAAGGAUUUUCGAGUUGGCUAGGACCCUGCAGCUCGUCGUUUUAGAUUGUGAUACAAUUAAUCAUCCCUCGCAGCUCGCCAAAACGUCACUGGCUCCAACCAUAGUUUACCUUAAAAUUACUAGUCCAAAAGUUCUUCAAAGAUUGAUCAAAUCGCGAGGAAAGACGCAAACUAGGCAUCUAAAUGUACAAAUGGUGGCCUCGGAAAAAUUAACCCAAUGUCCACAAGAUAUGUUCGAUGUUGUUCUGGAUGAGAACCAGUUGGAGGAUGCUUGUGAACAUAUCGCCGGUUAUUUAGAAGCCUAUUGGAAAGCAACGCAUCCUGAAGUUGUUUCUAACGUUCCGAGACCUAUUGGAAAUUCUCCUCAAGCUUCUCCCAGCGGUGAACCCGGAAGACCAACCCUGCCAGCCCACCACGAUGUUUACGGCGGAUACGCCCACGAUUCUAGAGUGCCAUCUUUUCAUACGGGACAUAAUCGAAGUCGGCCCCGUUUGGAAAGAGAGCGCGAAUACGAUGAGUACACGGAUUACGGGGACAGACACAAUGCACACAUGCAAGGUGAAGAUUAUAGGGAUAGAGGGAUGGAGAGGAUGUCCAGGGAUAUGAGAACUAGGGAAGAGGAAUACCCGACGCAUAAAAGCUCAUCAAGACGGGCCUUGAAUCCCAUCUAGUGGAGGCUUUCU